AUGACUUUCUCGACGUUAAGGAAUACCCCCCGUGCGGUGCUAGGGGCUACUCACAAGGCGUCAAUAACUGCCAAUCGACGCUAUGCGCACUCUGCAUCGAGCUUCAAGUGGCAGGAUCCGCUCGAUGCGGAGAAUCUAUACACAGCCGAUGAGCUUGCUAUCCAAGAUACCGCCAGGCGGUAUUGCCAGGAGCGAUUGCUGCCUCGGGUCCUUGACGCAUAUCGGAAUGAGAACUACGAUCCAACAAUACUCCGUGAAAUGGGUUCUCUCGGCCUUCUCGGCGCCACGAUAGACGGGUAUGGUUGUGCGGGCGUCUCAACCGUUGCGUCUGGCCUGAUAACAAAGGAAGUCGAACGGGUUGACUCUGGUUUCCGUAGUGGGAUGUCCGUACAAUCUAGCUUGAUAAUGACGGGAAUCCACGAGUUCGGCUCCGAAGAGCUCAAGGAGAAAUUCCUACCACAGCUCGCAGAGGGAAAGAUACUAGGAUGUUUUGGACUCACGGAACCCAACCACGGAUCGGAUCCUGGUAGCAUGGAGACAACUGCUAAACCACACCCAACCAAGAAGGGCUACUAUAGUCUAUCCGGAACGAAGACAUGGAUUACAAACUCGCCUAUCUCAGAUGCCUUCUUGGUCUGGGCCAAACUAGACGGUAAAAUAAGAGGAUUCGUGAUUGAGCGUGACCAGUGCUCGCCUGGAACACUUGAGACGCCUGCAAUCAAGAACAAGACCGCUCUACGUGCAUCGAUAACAGGCAUGAUUCAGCUUGACAACUGUCCGGUUCCAGAAGCGAAUAUGUUUCCCGAUGUGACUGGGCUUGCCGGACCUUUCACUUGCCUAAACAGCGCGAGACUAGGGAUUGCGUUUGGGACUAUGGGUGCGUUGGAAGACUGUAUCUCACGAGCGAGGGAGUAUGCUUUGGAACGAAAGCAAUUCAAGGGCAACCCACUAGCAAAGUAUCAGCUUGUGCAGAAGAAGCUGGCCGACGCAGCAACUGAUGCGGCUUAUGGAACUCUAGCUGCCGUCCAGGUUGCUCGGCUGAAGGACGAAGGGAAAGCAGUGCCCGAAAUGAUAUCGAUGAUCAAGAGACAGAACUGCGAUAGAGCGCUAGCAGGUUCCAGGACGCUGCAGGAGAUUUUUGGCGGAAAUGCGGCCAGUGAUGAGUAUCAUAUUGGAAGACAUGUUGCAAACUUGUUUGUCACUCAGACAUACGAAGGGCAGAGUGACAUCCACAGCUUAAUCCUCGGUCGUGCCAUUACCGGCGUGCAAGCAUUUGUGUAG